UCAUAUGUUUACAUGUGGUCACAUUUCUUGGCAGUCAAGAGUGAGUGAAGCUCCUAGUGUCAUCCUGUAGUUUCCGUGCAUUUUGAAGCUAGUCAUGGCAGAAAUGGCAUGUGUAAAGAGACUCCAGAAGGAAUAUAGAGCACUUUGCAAAGAACCUGUCUCCCAUGUUGUGGCCCACCCUUCUCCAAAUGAUAUUCUCGAGUGGCAUUACGUUUUGGAGGGUAGUGAAGGAACACCUUUUGCAGGUGGAUUUUAUUAUGGUAAGAUCAAGUUUCCUCCAGAAUAUCCAUUUAAACCUCCAGGAAUCAGUAUGGUUACUCCAAAUGGAAGAUUUAUGACGCAAAAGAAAAUCUGUUUAUCUAUGAGUGACUAUCACCCAGAGAGCUGGAACCCUAUGUGGUCUGCGUCAAGCAUACUCACUGGACUGCUCUCAUUUAUGAUGGACACCAGUCCCACCGCAGGCAGUGUAACAACAACAGUUGCUGAGAAACAGAAGCUUGCUAAGGCUUCUCUUGCAUUCAAUUGUAAAAACCCUACCUUUAGAAAAUUGUUUCCAGAAUAUGUGGAGAAGUAUGAAGAGCAGCAGCUCCUGGUGUAUCCUGUUCAGGAACAGGUGUCGUCCAUGCCAAUUCAAGCGAAAACUUCCACACCCUUGUUGGAUGAUCUGAAUAGAGUAGAGCCACAUAAGGACAUGAAUAACCAACGGAGGACAUCUUUGCCAACUUGGUUGUUGCUGUUGCUAGUAUCAAUUUUUGGUGUUGUAAUGGCUCUGCCGCUACUUCAACUUUGAUAGUGAGUUCAAUUAGGCAGGGAACUUGAUAUUCUGCUACACUGUAGAACAAAGCAUCCGAAAUCUGUGGUUGUGUAAUACUUAUCUGGGUAAUUACUGAUAAGUGCCAAAGGUUCUAGGUUUUUCAAAUGUCUCUUGGGAAUGUAUAGGCGUUGCUCUAGUGGAUAUCAAACUGAUCUUUUAGUCUAGCUGAUGGGUUUUCCUUUUCUGGUAUUGAUAGUCGUGUCACUACAAAUAUGAAAUUCUGAGUUUUAAUGCUGAAGGACUUGGAAAUGGUGACUGUUUAUAUUUCUUUCACCUUUUCUGUUUGGAAAA